AUGGCCAGCCUGGACCAAGGCAGUCCGAUGGCCAGUCCAUCGACCCCGUCGCGUCGUCUGAACAAACAUGAACGACUGAAAAUGAUAUCACAAAUCUCAAUACUCGACGCAACAAUGGACGGAAAGAUAGUGGUCAGUCUGAAAAUUGAAGACUGCCCUUUUGUAGAUGACAGCUCGUUGUCUCUACUUUCCAUGCCAGAUGGACCGUUCUUGAAGAAGGAGCCCAUUACGCCAGCGUUUCACUCAUUCGUGAUCACAGUACAGAAUGGACAGAGAAUUUACGGAGGCAGCUACAUUUACGGGUUCAAGCAGAUUGCCCGCAGUCAGGAGAGUGACGAGCACAAUGUGGUGUACAUGAGUCGGGCCCUGGUGGCCAUCACCAUCCGCCCUAUCGUCGACCAGCUGAAGAAACUGCUCGAGUGGUGCGUCAAUGAGGGAGGCAGCAAUCCAAAGUGGCUCCGCUGUCUGGCCAACAUUCGCCUGCCCCAGAAGGGCAAGUGCAUCCUUAUUCAUCUACCCGACGCAAAGGCCAUCACAACAAGCAAACACCCUCACCAUGAAGGAUCAUCACUUCUCAGCAGUCCAUCACGAAGUGAGAACUCACUCAGAAGCAUCAGCAACGACAGUGCCAAGUCGGUGGCCAUUUUCCGCCCCUUCAGCAUCUUUCCGCUCUUUGACUACUCAUUUCGACGUUUACUGGAAAUCCUCAGCAUCGACAACCUCCUCCUCAUCUUCACCUGUGCACUGAAUGAGGUGCAAAUUCUCAUCGUAGGCCACUCCUACUAUCACCUAAUGUUGAUCUCCGAGUGCAUCAUCGCACUGCUGAACCCCUUCAAGUGGCAGCACGUCUACGUGCCCAUACUGCCGAGCAAACUGGGCCUGCACUACCUGGACGCUCCAACGCCCUUCAUCAUGGGCGUCAACUCACGUAUUCGCAACUUCAUCAAGACGAGCAAGAUUGCCUGCUUCGUCGACUGUGAUAAUCAUAAGGUCGAGCUUAACAUGGACCCCUUUACGCUCUUCGUCCCGCCCUUCAUUGAGGAACUUCGCACUGAACUGCAGGAAGUCGUCAACAGCGACCCUCGACUAUGCUCAAACUUUCAGCGAAGCGACGCACUGAAAAGGGUGUCGGAGCUGGCACACAAGUACAUCAUCUCAGAGAGCUUUACGUACCUCGAUGACACGAAACUAAAUCAAAGAAUUCGUAUUAUAUUUUUCAAAAAGCUAAAGAAGCACAUUCUCAACAAAUAUCAGCAUUUCAUUGCAUACGUUUCGGAGAAGAAGGAGCAAAUCAAGUUUGAUUCUGUCGCCUACUUGUCAGACCAACCUCUAGUGAUAAGGCCAUUUCUGCAGCACUUUGUUGAAACGCAAAUGUUUGCAACGUUCAUUGACGAGGCGGGAAAGACACUAACCAAAAAGCAGCGAAGUUACUUCAACGAGACGAACAUGGUUGACUCAAUGUACAUCUACGAGGACGACUACGAGGAGAUGGACUUUACCAUUUACUCGGAUAAAAUGAUUGAGGCACGCGUCAAUAGCGCACAAGUCAUAAACCUCGCCGAGUUGGAAGAUUUGCCCAGCUCUGCCAGCUUACUGCCAGUCGUAAUGUCACCGUGCAAAAAGCGACUACAGGUCAACUUGUCGG